AUGUCUGGAGUACUCAUCAACGUUUGGUUCUUUCUCUAUACUUUGACCAGCGCCGGAUUCGUUCUCUUUCCGAAGGCCAGUGUCGAAAGUGCAGGCUAUUCUGAUGAAUGUGUCGAUGCUCUUUCCACAAACAUCACAGAAUGUAAUAAUGCGGUUUCCUCGUUUGAUGCCAACACCGCCUACUCUCAGAAGAUUCUAGAGUUGGGCUGCACUGAUGACUGUGGAUCUGCUCUGGCAUCUUGGGAGAAAAGUAUCAAAGAUUCGUGCAGAGGUGUGACUUAUGUUGAUGGUUACGGCAAUACCGUUCCUAUUUCCUCUGUUGCGUCUAUCAGAAGCUUCAACUUCAACCAAACUUGCAGACUGAACGAGGGCGAGUUUUGCAACUCUGUUCUGGGAAACUUGACCGUAACCCCAGGAAACUCAUCCGCCGCCAAUGCCUGUAAUGAAUGUGCUCUUUUCAAACUGCGUGAUACUGCUCAAUUCCAGUACAACGAUGGGCCUUUGGUCUACUCCAAGAGAAUUUACCAGAGCUACACGUCAUCCUGUCAUUUUACUGGGUACCCGUUGACAGUUACACCUACGACAACACCUAUGGCCCCUCCUGCUACAUCUUUUCCUGGUCGACCGAGCUCUAUGGGUUCGAUGUCCGCUUCGGCGUCAGCCAAUACCCCUACAUCUUCCUGUAGCGGCACAAAGUACAAAAUCAAGUCUGAUGAUACUUGCAACUCGAUUUCGCUGUCCCAGGGUGUGGCUACUUGGCAAUUGCUCAUGGACAACAACCUGCCCGCCUAUUGCGCCCAGUUCCCACAAAAGGGCUCUCUUUGUAUCAAGAAUAAGUGUGACGUGUACACUGUUCGGGACGGUGAUACUUGUAGCUCUGUGUCUACUGCACACAACAUCAGCAAUGUUCAGCUUCGCGCCUGGAACUCCUGGAUUGACACCGGAUGCUACAACUUCAACCGAACUAUCGGUACUCAGAUAUGUGUGGAUGAGCCGGGUCAGAAGUAUGUCCCUCCUGCCACUGCUACGACCAGCACGGGAUCGUCUUCUGGCGCUACCUCUGCAGUCCCUGUUCCAAGCAAUGUUGCAGCAAACACUACUACCAGGUGCGGAGAGUACUAUACAGUGCAACCGCGUGAGGAGUGUGACAUCUUCACGACCAAGUUCGGCAUUUCCCUUCAGGACUUUGUAGUCCUAAACCCGGAAAUCAAUUCCAACUGCACUAAUCUGCUUGCAAACACAAGUUACUGUGUGCAACCUGUAGGAGAUAUAAACUCGUAUCCAAAUGCCCCUGACUACAUGGGAGCUGAUCCCUCUACCACGAAGGUUCCGUUCACCAGUCUUCCUGACUCCACAUACUCGCCGGUCUUUGUCAAACUCCCGCUCGCACCCAGAACCCUCGAGGGCUGCCUUACCUACGCAGAUGGAAGCACGCUGCAGUAUAAUAUGACAGGAGUAUCUGGCUGCGAAGCAGCUGCCUACUUCUUUGAGACGACCCAGGCAGAUCUGAAAAGAUGGAACCCCUCGCUUGGAAAAGGUAGCGGCUCGUCAAACAGCACCGACAAUUGCUGUUUCUCGAAGCAGUACCGGUAUUGCAUGGAUUAUGAAGUUGCUUCCUCGACUGCUGCUCCAUCUGGAAUUCGUACUUCUACGCCGGUUCCUGCUGCUACCAAGCACGCCCGUAGCCAUAUCCGUGAACACAACCACAAGCACUACAGUUGA